CAUACAUGUAAAGUUAUGGAUUCCAAAAGAAAAUCUGUGUUUUCGCUACCUCAUAAUAGAGGAACCAAGAAGGCAAAGUUAAAUGAUUCAAAAUGCACAGACGGCGUUUCAUGUCCAGCCAAAGAACAUCUCAACCUGUUAAGAUCUCUGCUUGGGGAUAUCAUAAACAACCAUGAAUCCUCAGUGUGUGGUGCCAUCAAUGUUAAUCCAGAGAUUUUGUUUGCCGCCACUGAGUUAGAUGCGGCGUUACACCGUGCGAAAGGUCCGACACCCACGAGUUCCAUAAAAGCAACAAUAUCAAAAGAGGUGCCAGCAACCAGUGAAAUGCGCGAGUUGCCCAACAUACCACCCAUUAUGAACAGCGAACUUGAGAGAGCUGUUUUUACGCACCCUGGAGUGAGUAGCAAUAUCAAGGCUACCUACGACCGGCUUGAGGUCCUUGGAGAUGCGUACAUAGAACUUAUCUCUACGAAGCUCAUUUGGGACAGAUUCCAGGAUAUCUCGUCUGGCCAAAUAUCGCAGAUUCGUGAACUUCUUGUAAAGAAUGAAACCUUGUCUGAGUAUGCGACCAGGUAUAAAUUGGACAGCAGAGCCUCGGUGCCUCCGGACUAUUUGAACCAGCCAAAAAGAUGGCUAAAGACUAAAGCGGACAUCUUUGAAGCUUAUGUAGCUGCAGUUAUACAAUCCAACCCAACUCAUGGCUACAGUAUAGCAGAGGCUUGGUUGACACAACUGUGGUCACCAAAACUCGAGCAACUUCGCAAACCAAAGUCUUCCUUGCACGCUAAGGAAACUCUUGCAAAGAGGAUAAUGGGCAAAGGCAUCAAACUCAAUUACAUCGAGGAACAUCCGCCUACUCAGAAGAAGGGGACACAGACUUUUUCUAUAGGGGUGUAUCUUACUGGCUGGGGUUGGGAUCAUAAGCAUCUUGGGUCUGGACAGGGUUCGAACAAGGCAAUUGCGGGUGACGAGGCGGCGCAGCAAGCAUUGCUCAACGAGGAGUUGAUUGAGGAGAUUUUGAAAGCCAAGAGAGCAUGUUUAGAAAGGGUAUAAGUAUGGGUAUCCUCCGGCCAAUAUAUCCAUUCUGU